AGGUUUGUUCGGACAUUUGCCCGAGGGGCCGCUUCAUAUUUUCUUUAAGUGGGCUGCUCCGAUAAAACCUUUUCCUGGUCAUCCCCAGGCAGCAUAGUAAAAACACACGGGUUAUGUCUCCUCACUGUCAGUUACCAGAAGAAACGCCCACUCUCGUAAUAAAUACUCACCCUCCCCUCUCUCACGCGUCUUUGUUUUCUUCUGUCAGUUCCGGGUGGCCACUCAUCGAUCCUCUGGGAUCCAAUUACCGGGUGCAGUUUUUUCUGGCAGCUCUCUCCACCCGAAGCCCUGGCGUUAUCAGCGUUAGCUGUGUGUCUGGGGAUCCCGUUGCAGCAGGGGAUAACAUAUAUGCCGCUCAGGCACCUUCAGCGUUAGCGCUAUGGGCAAGGUGCGUGUCGCACCAGUAGUGACGUCAUCACGGCAUUCAGGAGUUUUAAAAAGUUGCCGGUUACAGAGCGCACUGCUCUCAGUAGCUGCCGAUUGGAGAUGGAACCGGCUGCCCUAAAACGUGCUGCUGCUAAACCUUCAGGUGAUUCUACCCCGGCUGAAGAUCCUCCUAGUAAGAGACGCCAUGGGAAAGAAGGAUCCUGCAGGGCGUGUGAUAACCCAGUAUUAAAAGGCAAGAAGCUGUGCCGUGACUGCCUAGAUGGCUAUGCCUCAAGGGAGGAAGGUUAUAGUAAGGAGAAAGUCCAGCCUGCUGCCCCUGCUACAGUUGUAGAUCAAGCUGCUGUUAUGAAGUGGAUAAAGGAGGCAGUGGGUGAAUCCAUGAAACAACAUCAUAGAGGUUCGGCUUCUAAACCUUCUACAUCUGCUAUGCUGCAGGAUUCAUCCUCUGAGGGAGAAUAUUUGUCCUCAACAGAGGAAGAUAAAAAUGAGGAAGGGACAUUUGACACAAAGUUAGUUCCUUCGCUUAUAAAGGCCAUAAGACAGACUUUAAGUCUGGAAGAUCAGCAACAGGAGAAUUCUUCAAAAUCACUUUUUGUUAAAAAGAGAAAGCUAACUUUUCCUGUUCAUCCAGAGAUUAAAGAUCUAAUGAGUCAGGAAUGGAAGACAUACAAGAAGACUCCAGUAGAGACAAAAUUAUCUGUACUGUAUCCUUUUCUAGCCGAAGACAUGCAGAUCUGGGAUAAUCCCCCAUCGGUAGAUGCUCCUGUGGCCCAUUUAUCAAAGAAGACAGCUCUGCCAAUCGAUGAUGUGUCAGCACUAAAGCACCCUAUGGACAGGCGGAUGGAGAUUGAUUUAAAGAGGGCAUAUAUGACAGCAGGAGCAACCUGUAAACCAGCGGUGGCAAUAGUAUCGGUGGCAAAAGCGAUGUCCUUGUGGGUGGAUAAUUUAGAACAGGCAGUUAGAGAGGAAUCACAGGAAGAGAAUAUCUGUGAGGCCCUAGCAGACAUCAAGAAAGCAGCAGAGUUUUGUCUGGAAGCAGCAGUGGAUAUUUCAAGAUUGUCGGCACGUAGUAUGGCCUAUAAUGUGGCUGCUCGUAGAGCACUGUGGCUGCGUACAUGGUACGCAGAUACGGCAUCUAAAAGUACUCUUUGCAGACUACCUUUUGAAGGAGGUCGUCUGUUUGGCAAGUCCCUUGAUGAAUUGAUUUCUAAGUCUUCAGGAGGUAAGAGCACCUUAUUGCCACAGACCAAGCGUCCUCAAGAGGUCUCUAGAAGACAGUAUGACAGAUAUCCGUCCAGACGAAAGGAGGAAGCAAAGGCUUAUAGGCCUGGGAGAGAGUACAGAUCAAAUUGGCGGUCGGGGCAGACUGGGUUUUUUCGUUUCCCCAAGGGUAAGAAUGCUCCAAAGCCGCAGUCCAAGCCCCAAUGAGAUGAGGCCGGCCCCACCCCCCUUAGUAGGAGCAAGGCUUCUGAAAUAUCAGGAGGUGUGGGCCAGAGAAACAGACGACAGAUGGGUCAAUUUAGUGGUCUCAAGGGGGUAUCUCUUAGAGUUCCACAGAAGACCUACAGGAAGCCACUUUAUUUCUUCAAAAAGAGCUCUAAAAUUUUCAGAUCAUCUGCUUUUUCAGCAAUACAUAGAAGAGUUGCUGGCCAAGGAGGCGAUUGUUCCAGUCCCUGCCAGGCUGCAAGGUCAGGGGUUUUACUCACCACUUUUUCUUGUAACAAAGGCUUCAGGAGAAUUACGACCAAUCUUAGAUUUAAGAAGGUUGAACAAGUUUUUGAGGACGCAAAGGUUCAAGAUGGAAUCUUUGGCAACUAUCAAGUCAGUAGUUCACGAGGGAGAUUGGUUAGCAUCCCUGGAUCUGAAGGAUGCAUAUUUGCAUGUGCCUGUGGCAGAGGAGCAUCAGCAAUUCCUCAGAUUUGCUUGGGAGAGCAAUCAUUAUCAGUUCCGUUGCCUUCCCUUUGGCCUGUCAACCUCACCCAGAACAUUCUCCAAAGUCCUAGUAGUUCUGAUAGCGAAACUAAGACAGGAGAAGAUCGAAAUUUAUCAUUACCUGGACGAUCUAUUGAUAGUAGCAAGGGAGAAAGAGAUUCUCUUGCAGCAGGUAGCAAGGGUGGAAUUUGUUCUCCAGCAUUUUGGCUGGGUUCUGAAUCGGAAGAAGAGUCAGCCAGAUCCCACACAGAGGAUAAUCUAUUUGGGAGCCCUUCUCGAUACCAGAUUAGGGAUGAUAUCACUUCCAGUAAAGAAGAUCCAACAUAUAGUCACACAAGCCAAAAUGUUGGAGAGUCACCAAUUCAUUCCAGCAAGACAGUUCAUGAGUUUCCUAGGCCUACUAACCUCAACCUUAGAGUUGGUGAGAUGGGCGAGAUGGAAUAUGAGGCCAAUUCAAAAUUGGUUUCUUGUGACAUGGGACCGGAACAGGGGAGAUUGGUCCCAGAAAAUUCAGAUACCCAGUCAUCUAAAAGAUCACCUUCACUGGUGGCAGAAUGCAGCCAACCUUCGGAGGGGGUUUCCCUUGGAGGAGCCAGACUGGCUAGAGAUCUACACGGAUGCAUCUGGAGUAGGCUGGGGAGCACAUGUGGAGGAAUGGGCAGUGCAAGGGUUUUGGAAGAACGGAAAGUCUCACUUACCUUCGAAUGUCCUGGAGUUGAGGGCAAUCAAGGAGGCUCUGAAGUCCUUACAGCCAGUCCUGUUGGGGGGCGCAGUGAAGAUAAGAUCGGACAACGCCUCAGCUGUGGCAUAUAUAAGGAAACAGGGGGGAACUGGCAGUAUCAAGUUACUGAAAGAGACUCUACCGAUCAUGGAAUGGGCACAACGUCACCUGUUGGACAUAACAGCAGUCCAUGUACCAGGGAUCCAAAAUCAACAAGCAGAUAUGUUGAGCAGGUACCCGUUGGAGAGAGGGGAAUGGGAGUUGAACCCACAGAUCUUCGAUUGGAUAACUUCCAGAUGGGGUCUUCCCAGAGUAGACCUCAUGGCCUCAGAGAAGAAUCACAAAAUCAAAUCAUUUUUUUCGAGAUACCAAUCGAAAUUAGCAAUAGCAGUGGAUGCAUUCUCCCAGACUUGGGAGGGUCUUUGGGCCUAUGUGUUUCCCCCUUUUCCCCUAAUCUUCAAGGUCCUCAGGAAAAUAUUACAGUCGAAGAUGGAGGUCAUAGCCAUUAUUCCCAAUUGGCCGCGCAGGCCCUGGUUCCCUCUACUGAGGAGGCUGGCAGUCCAGGAGCCAAUGCUGCUGCCAGCAGUGGAGGAUCUGCUGAUCCAGGGGCUAUACCUGCAUCCGAAUCCUCAUUCCCUCAGAUUGGCGGCUUGGAGGUUGAGAGGUCAGUCCUGGAGAAACAAGGAUGCUCCAGGUCAUUGAUAAAUACGUUGAUGAAAGCCAGAAAGAGUGGUACUGCAGUAGUUUAUCAUAAGAUCUGGGAUAGAUUUUCCUCAUGGGCAGGUGGUUGUCAGGUCAACCCCUUUUCUCCUUCUACUGUUUCUAUACUAGAAUUUCUACAAUCAGGCCUGGAACAUGGAUUAAGUUUGAGUUCCUUAAAAGUGCAAGUAUCAGCUUUAUCAGCAGUGUUGGGUAAAAGAUGGGCAGAAGAGCCUUUGAUUGAACAAUUUUUCAAGGCAGUAAUUAGAAUUAGACCUCCGAUAAAGAAGUCGGCACCGCCUUGGGAUUUGCCCCUAGUUUUACAAGGUCUUUCUGUGAUACCAUUUGAACCUAUUGAGGAAAUAUCGUUGUGGCUACUGUCAUUGAAAACAACACUGUUGGUGGCACUGACAUCAGCCAGGAGAGUGGGGGAGCUGCAAGCUCUGUCAGCGGAAGAACCUUAUACAGUCUUCCAUGAGGACAAAGUAGUUCUAAGACCAGUUCAGGCUUUUCUUCCAAAGAUCGUUACAAAAUUUCACAUUAAUGAACCAAUCAUUUUACCUGCGUUUCCGGGUGAGGAGGAGGCUAAUCCAUUGGAUGUGAAGAGAUGCCUACAGAUGUAUAUUGAGAAGACUAGAGCUCUGAGAAAAUCAGAGAGGCUGUUUGUGAUACCUGGAGGAUCAAGGAAAGGUCAGGCAGCAUCGAAACCAACCCUUAGCAGGUGGAUUGUGAAAGCUAUCUCAAAGGCUUAUGAGGUGCAGGGUAGAGCAUCACCUGGAGAAGUGAGGGCACAUUCAGCAAGAAGUAUGGCAGCCUCAUGGGCGGCGGAAGCAGGAGUCUCAUCUGAGGCAAUCUGCAAGGCAGCUACUUGGGCAUCAUCCAACACAUUUAUAAAACAUUAUAAAUUGGAUGUGUUUUCAGCUUCAGACAAAAAAUUUGGGCAGGCUGUAUUGUCUGCAUCAUGAAAAUAAAAGAGAUUCAGCAUUA